CCGCACUAGGCUCGGACGCGAGAGGUCGCCAUCGCCGAUCACUUCCCUGAGGGCACGGCGGUGCCCAGCUCACGCAAGGUAUUCCCCUAUUGUGUGUUCCACCGUAUCCUCAGGGCGGUCCUCGCAGUGAUGACACCCAGACGGGCUUCAGGGCUAGGCUAUAACUGCUGAAAAUAUAAUAUGAAAUCCCAAUAAAUACGUCACGCGUAUUAGUAUUUCUGUUUGUCGUCAUUUAGCAUAAACUAAACACACUUUUUAUCGGAACUAAAAUAAAGUUUUUGUAAUGAACUAAUUCGUAUGACGUCAUUAGGUAAUAACCAAAAAAGUAUUCGAGUUCAAAAGCCUUUAGUAAUAGAGAAGUCUUGAUAAAUAAAAUGACAGCAUAUAUGACAAUAAGUUAUUCUGACGUCAUAUCGAACGCUGACCUAUGACAGCCUUGGAUUAGACGAGCGCAGGACAUAAACAAAGUUGUGGGAGGGGGGAAGGGUAGUGUCAUAAUGUCUGUUGAUCUCACCUCAGUGUUUAGGUGAGACAGACCGCGCUAAGUCGUCAGCGUAAUUUCAUUAAUAUUGAUACAAUCUGAUAAUAUACUCCAAGUAUGCGGCCGGCAUUUAUUGUUCUAUUGGUGGUAGUACUGAAUCAGUGUGAUGCGAGUGAAUGGAGACAGGUGCAUACCGCGCAGGGAGAUGUGCACGGACGCAAGGACCCUGAUGGUGGACUGUACAGCUUUUACAAUAUACCGUAUGCUACAGUACCUACAGGACCCGAUAAGUAUAAGGCUCCCCUGCCAGGACCGGUGUGGCAGGAACCACUUGUUGCUGUGGACAAGAAGAUAGUAUGCUGGCAAGCAAACACUCAAUUAAUGGAUUUAACUUUUACAAAUAUGCAAGAAGAUUGUCUCAUUGCAAAUGUAUUUGUCCCCGACACAGAAGAAAAGAACCUUCCAGUAUUAGUAAUCAUACACGGAGGAGGAUUUGAAAUUGGAUAUGGUGACAUGAUAUCGCCUAAAAACUUUGUAAGAACUAAGAAAAUUAUUGUUGUUAAUUUCAACUACCGUCUUGGAGUACACGGAUUCUUGUGUCUGGGCUCAAAAACCGCUCCAGGUAACGCUGGACUGAAGGACCAAGUGGCUCUACUUCGCUGGGUGAAGAGAAAUAUUGCUAAUUUUGGAGGCAACCCUGAUGAUGUUACUGUAUCAGGCGGUAGUGCUGGCAGCAUGUCUACACAAUUGUUGACGCUGUCAAAGUCAGCGGAAGGACUUUUCACCAAAGUCAUACCAGAAAGUGGGGUUGAUGUAUCAACUGCUGCUUUUCAGUUAGAUCCACUUGAUAAUGCCAAAACUUACGCUAGAAUGUUAAACUUUACAGAUGUAGAUGAUUUUAAGGCUUUAGAAGAAUUUUAUAAGAAUUUUUCUUUGAAAUCAAUUAUAGUGGGUUCAUUUGGUACCAGGCAAAAUGCAACAUUUUUGUUUGCGCCGUGUAUGGAAAACGAUACAGAUGAUCAAUCAAUGUUCACCGAUUAUCCAGUAAACAUAAUCAAGAAGGGUAAAUAUAAAAAAGUCCCUACUUUAAUUGGCAUCGCCAAUAUGGAAGGAACAUGUCAACUACAUAAUUUUGAUUUGUGGAAAGAUGUUAUGAACGAAAAAUUUUCCGACUUCUUGCCCGGUGAUUUACAAUUUCCAAGUGAGGAAGAAAAAGAGGAAGUAAGUAAAAAAGUUAAGGAAUUUUAUUUCGGAGAUCAGCCGGUAGGCGAUAAUACAAUAUUGUCUUAUAUUGACUAUUUCGGAGAUAUUAUCAUAAACUUUCCAACAUGGAGAUCUGUAAAACUGCACGUAGAAGCCGGACAUGAUCAAAUAUAUUUAUAUGAAUAUUCCUUCGUGGAGGACAGUACUCCUGUAGUUCCUCAUACCGACGUGCGCGGAGCUGGACAUUGUGCUCAGACAGGAGCACUACUUGAUGGAAUACCUUUCGUAUCCGCCGAUGAGAGUAAAUUAUCAGAAGAGUAUAAACAAAUGAAAUCGACAAUUAGAGAUAUUUGGUACAACUUCGCAGUACAUAGGUCACCUAUACCGCAAGGAUCGUCUCUGCCCGCCUGGCCAGCGGCUGGUGCUGAUGGCAGCCCAUAUAUGUCUUUUGGAAAAACAAUUGAUUUAGGAAAUGGAACAUUUCUUGGGGAACGAGCACAAUUGUGGAAUGAUAUUUAUGAAAAGUAUUACAAGGCGCCAGUAGCGCCACCAAAACAAGGACGUAUAGACUUAUAACUGUUAACAUAUCAAACUGAAAUUCAAAUGUUUUUAUAUUUGGUUGUUUUUUUGUUAUAAUUAUAACUAUCGCUAGCUAUGUUAAUCUAGUUUAUAUGCAUAACUGCGUGUACUGAGUCCCGGUCGUGGUUUGAAACUAGUCAAGUAUCCUCAAUCCUCAUUAUAUAAAAAAGUGUUUUAUUAUUAGAAGGCGUUUUUUUCCAAAAUGAUUCCACAAGAAUACCUGAACUGAGAAUGACGACUGAAUGUAAAUAAUAUAAUCGGGUAUACUUAGCUGUGAGCAAAUUACUAGCGUUGCCUUGGAUUCGCCUUGCCUUGCCUGGGAUGAUGGAAUGUGAUUAAUCGCGUUCAUCAUGUAGAUUUAUAUAAAAUAUCAUUCAUUAUUUUUUUUAAUUUAGUCUCAUACACGCAACAUUCUCAUACACACAAGCGAACAUUAUAGUUUGUUCGCUUGUGUCAUGGGUGCGUGUCCGAAAAUAUAAUUUGUUAUAGGAAUUGAACCCAAACUCCGGUAAAACCGGUUGCUACCGGUUUUACUACCAGCAACCGGUUUUACCUAGCUACUGCGGGGUUGCUUGGCUACUGCAGUAAUCACUGCACGUUAAACAUAUUUAUAUGCCUGUUUUCUGGUAGCAAAUUACCAGAUUUGUUAUUAGUCCCAAAGAAGACACUGCCCCACAUAAUACAAAAGAGCUCAAAGCAAUGAUGAAUACCUUUGGAUUCGAUUUGAGUACAGAUUUAAACACAGAGAUGGGUAAAUUAUAAAAUACUAAAGAUGAUAAAAUGUGCAACGGGUGAGAGUUCCAAAAACUGGAUAGCUCCACCUGAUCUACAAAAACUUUUUAACAAUAUCGAUACAAAUU